CCCCGCUGCCGACGUGAUCUCGACAUGGCGGCGCCCGGGGGUGGUUCGGGCCUGGACGCGGACUCGGACUCGGACAGCAGCGGCGAUGCGGCGGCGGCGGAGCGGUUCCGGGAGGCCGCCUGGGACUGCGCCGGGCAGGCGGCGGCGACGACAGCGGCGGCGCGGACGGGGCCGCCUGGCGGUCGUUUUAAAAAGGAUCGGUCGCAGUCGGCUCAGCCCAGCUUGAGACGCAAGGUGAACGGUCAUGAUGAGGAUGGGAAUGAGCUACAGACCACACCAGAGUUCAGAGCACAUGUCGCAAAGAAACUGGGAGCAAUGCUAGACGGUUUUAUCACUGUUAUGAAGGAUUCAUCAGGACCCUCACAAACUUCUGUGGAAGAGUCUGACUCUGGAGAUGAUGGCUUUCGCCUCUUCUCCUCCUCUAUCCCAGGAGACUCUGGGAAAUCGGAGCCUUGCCCUCCAGCAAGGAGGAGACAACCUUCUAGCUCCAGUGACCUGGACAGUGAUGAAGAAUGGCAAAGGUACCAGGAGGCUGCUGUGUCAGCUGCAGACAUUCUGAAACAAAGUGCUUUUCCUGCACUGUCCCAAGAUCCCAGCCAGGAUCUGAAUCACUGUUCUGUAGAGCCCAACCAGAAGAAAAAGAAGAAAAAGAAAAUCAGGGGAGAGAACAAGACUGAAGACAAAAUAGUAGACAUGGAGGAGUGCAACCAGAUCAGGAAAGAUUUGCAGUAUUUGGUGUCUACAAAUGGACAGGAUGAGAGGCAGGACAGAAAUAAUACACAGACAACACUGUUGCCGGAAAUGGUGAGGAGGAAGAAGAAAAAGAAGAAGAAAGAAUGAAUAUUUUGCUCUGAAAACAGCAGAUGAUUGUGAUACUGUCUUUCCAGCAUCCUUCAUCUAACAAAGAAAAAGUUGCUGCAGAUGAGGGAAAAUUAAUUGGCAGAGCUUCUGUUUUAAAAGCUCAGUGGCCUGAGAUUCUUAUUAAAUGGAUUCCUUUGUUGUUGGCAUCCCUCGAGGAAGGGAACAUUGUUCUUCCAUCACAGCAGUUAUAUGUGCUGCUGCUUAUGCAGACCUAGUGCUAAGGGAUUAAAUACUGUGCACAGACUUAUGUGACAGAGGGAUAUAAUCAUAGCUGCGCCCCUCCUGAUGUGUUCCUUCGCCUGGUCAAACCAAGUCUUGUGUCCUGGAGAAACUAUGUGAUGGGUUGAGUUUGAUUUAUACAAACAGGUGAUCAGCUUCUUUUUCCCUUGCUUCCCACUAGAGGCCUGGGAAGCUCCAGCCUGUGGGAGAGGCUCAUUUGUCAGAAGUAUCCUGGCAGAUGUCAGGGCCUACUUAUUUUUUUCUGUGAUCAUCAUAACAAUCUGCUGUUGAGACCUGCCGUGUUAUUAAUCCCUCAGUAAUCUGCCCCUCUCCAGGGCCCCUGCAUGCAACAGCUAAACAGAGCGUGCAGUGACCUUACUGCUGGGUUCUUAUAAACAGGUAGUUCUGUUCAAGUUGUCUCCUUUGAAAUUUAUAUAAUUUUCAUUUACAGUGUCUUCCGUGGCGUUUGUUACUAAAUUCUGCUAUACUUCUAGUCUUAUUUAGUUUGGCAGGUUGUGUGUAGCAGUGGAUCUCUUGCUCUGUUCAGAUGGCUCCGCCACCAGCGAUAAAGAUGGCUUGACUCCUUAUUUGCAUCGUGAUCUAUGUUAUAAAAUCGCCAUAGGGAGGACUUAAACCGGAUUUCAAAGACACUGUGUUUCAGCUCUUAUCUGGAUGAGUUAGGUCUGUCUAUGUCUCUGAAACAGUGCAUUUUGGUAGUUUUCAAUAUGAUUUUUAAUCUGUUUAUAGAGACUAAACCUUCAGCUCCAGUGUUUCAGGAAACAACGUGUUAUUUGGAUAUAUAUAUAUGUAUUUUCUGUUCUUUAGGUUUUUGGUCUCAAUAGCGCCAAUUUACUAUCCCCCUUCAGGAGACUUGAAAGCCAGAGCCAAAAUAGAGAUCUGUUGCUCUUUGAGCAUAGAAAAAACCCAGAUGUUUUCCUUGCCACUAUAAUCCUUCUUGUUUUUCAUUCAAGACAACACUGUUGGCAUCUGGACAAAGGCUAAACAGAAAACUGGCUUGUAAACUAACUGAACGUGCCAGCAAAAACUACUUGGGACCAGCUGAAACUUCAGUAUAAUGAAGCUAGCGCAUGGGUUAUCUGGAUUCCUUAAACCUUGAAUUUUAUUUGUUCUCUAAAGAAUAUAAAUGCCUGGUGAUCUAAACAA